AUGAUUUCCAGCCUAUGCUGGCUCUAUUUCGUAUUAUGCAGGAUGAUCAUCCCUCAAUACCUGAUAGUCUAUCUCCUCACAUUACAUAUUUCCUAUGCCAAUGCUUCUAGAAGGUAUAUAUGUCGUUUCUUUGAUCCCACUAUGUGA